AUGCAGUUUUCGAGACUACCCGGCCUUGCUAUUACGCGGGGCUGUCGAGACACAAAGUUUCAAGAUUGUCUCACCUUUGGUCGGGUGUGGAGGGGUAGCAACACCCUCGGCGAGCUCAUCGUCGCAUCGCCGGCCCGGCGGCGGCAACGACCGAGCCACCCCCGAUUAUCGCACCUAUCGAACUCGUGUCUGCUGUUAUAUGCGACACCUGCCGCUUGUUUCGGAAUUGGACGUACCGGGAACUCGUCAACGACGACGAUCGACGAUGGGGUGCAAGCGUGGCCGACCGUUCGUCUACAACCAGCCGGCACCACGUUUCCUCAUGGUCCAUCCUGUGACAAAGGAAUUAAUUAA